AUGCCCUGCGCGGUCUCCAUGGCGACCGAGUCGCGGGGCCUCUACCGCCGUCUCCGCCGCCGUGGCCUGCCGGAGAGCCGAAUGGGGCCUGGCGCGGCGCUGCUGGGGCCGCUCGCGUGGUGCCUCCUGGUGCUGCCGCCGCCGCCGGUUGCCCCGUCCACGGCCGUGCCGACCCCGAGCCCUUCCUCCUCCGCCUUGGCCACGAGCCCAGGCGAGGCCUCGACGGGGCCGCAGACCGAGGGGGUCCCCGGCACGACCCCCGACACCAGCCAGGGCCCCACAGCCCCGGGGGAAGAAACCCCCGCCUCGGAACCCAGCCCGAGCGCCGGCAGCCCCGCGGAGACCCCGGGCCCCAGCCCCGCCAGCACCCGCGGCCCCUCCAGCACGGCGGGGCCCACUCUGGCGCCCCAUCCCGGGCCCUGGCCCCAGCCGGUGACGGACGUGGCCAAGUUGUGCGUCUGUGACCUCUUGGUGGACCAGUGUGACGUCAACUGCUGUUGCGAUCCCGCCUGCACUGCUGCAGAUUUCAGCCUCUUCACAGAAUGCUCGGUUCCUGUUGUCACAGGUGACAUCCAGCUCUGCAGGCAGCAGGAAGCUCUUUAUUCAAUGGACACAUCAGUGCACCCUCCCGAGAGGACGUAUCAGUUAGCGGACAAGGUCAACCCCAGUGUUUUCUGCAUCCAGACCGUCAACUAUAAAGCUGCACUGUCCUUCCAAUCUCCAGAAAUACCUACUCUGGAAAAUUUUGAUAGCCUGCUUCAGGACUAUGGCGGAAAUACCUUCAGUACCGAAACGGAUCUCACGUCAAGUGUUGAAUCGGGAACCGGGAGUGCGGAUAACGCUGGUGAAACAAGUAGAUAUGAGUACAGAGAUCCGAUAGAGACAGCAGAUGGGUUUCUGUGGCUUCCGGCUCCACUUUUCUUCUCCCAGUGUACAGACAGCAAUCCUGCAGGGUUCCUAGUAAACCAGGCUGUGGAAUGCAACCGGAUGAUCCAGGCAGAGGAAUGCGCCACCAUUCCAGCUCUCAGCAUGGAUUUCUACACCAGUCCUAGCAUUCUGCCGCUACCAAAGUCCAGUCGAAGGGUGAACGUCACCAUCCAGUCCAUAACUGUGCAGACCCUGCAAGGGCUGCGCACGCGCCUCAAUAGUAGCGAUGUGUUGUUCCCCACGUCGGAGGGUCAGGCGUGCAGCAAUGUCGUUCUUGAGGCAAAGCACCUGAUUACUUUCACAGAGGCAGGUGAAAUCACCGCUGUGGCUGCAUCUCUCGUCCUGGCGACCAUUGACGUGACCAGUGGUUUCAUCCGGCAAAGCUUCGAAAUCCAUUUCAUUCCGCAAAAUACGCGACCCGUUGCCCUCAGUGGAAAUCCCGGCUACGUGGUUGGGCUGCCAAUCAAGGCUGGAUUUAGGUCUCCUGGCUCUGGGAUCAUCCAGACUGCGGCUGAAGACGGCCAGUUCACCAUGUUGAAGAGCACACCUGCUCAGGAUUGUCUGGCGGUGGAAGGGAUCCGGACGCCCGUAUUGUUUGGGUACAACAUGAUGUCGGGCUGUCAGCUACGACUUACCAAAGAUGCUGAAUGCCAAGUUUUGGCCCCGGCCCUCCUGAACACGCUGAAGGGGCAAAACUUCCCAGAAGUAGUGGCUUCUUUCGGGAAUUCUGAGCCCCAGAAUGGACUGGACUGGGUGCAGAUUGUUUACAACGGCAGCCGACCAAGUGGCUGCGAAAUCCCCGUGCGGUUUGAAAUCAGAGUGGAAUGGACGAAAUACGGCUCUUUGCUCAACCCCCAAGCCAAACUCACCGGCGUCACAGUGACGGUGGUGACGGCUGCCUUGCCACAGGGCGAUCCAGGGAGCGAAAGAACCAUUCCGAUCCUAAGCACCGUGACGUUUGUCGAUGUUUCUGCGGCGGCCGAGCCAGGCUACAGGUCGAGGCCAGCCGUCGAGGCCAAGCUGCCGUUUGACUUCUUCUUCCCUUUCGUUUAGAGAGAGGACAGCGGCUCAUCAGAUGUCACUGCAAGAAACGCCGUGGACAGUUCCUCCCAAUGGGAGCAUGGGGAAUUGAACAGGCCCUCCCCGCUCCGGGGCUUUUGUUUCCUUUCUCUGCAGGGAGCAGAAACGGUGCCGGCACGGAGCUUACCUGUGCCCCACCCCCAAGCAGUCUGACCCACCCUCAUCUGCCAUCCUCGGAGGUCCCCCGACUGGCACUCCGGCACCCUCGUGGGGGAAACGAGUUGCCAACCAGGCC